GAGAUUUUCAAGUGAAAAGUAGCAUUAUGGAUGCUGAUUUAAAGUUCGAUUACCAAGCGGCUCUUAAAAGAGUGAAUUUAAGUCAAUCAAGAAUUGAUUUAUUACGCGACACUGCAAAUAAUUGUGAAUUACUUCCAAAAUCGUUGACAGAUAAACAAUUGCUCCUGUUUUUAAGUAAAUGUAAUGGUGAUAUCGACAAAUCAAUCAAAUUCAUGCACCGACAUUAUGAGAUUAAACGUAAAGCUUCAAUGCUAUUUAAGAACAGAGACAUCAAGACACCAGAGCUUCAACAACCAAUAGAGAAUCAAUAUUAUGCUAGACUUCCACAAACAGAUCAGAAUGACAUUGUGUGCUAUCAUGGACUCGCCAAUUCAAUACCUAAAAAUUAUCAUUAUAAUCAGUCAACAGUUUGUUUUCUUAUGAUGAUUGAAAAUGCAAUGAGCAUCCAUGGUCCAUCAAGAAGCUUAGUGAUGAUAUAUGAUAUGAAAAACUUCCGUCUUGGACAUUUAACAAGGAACAACUUCAAAGCAAUGAAAGCAUUUUUCACAUACAUGCAAGAAGGAAUGACAACUGAAAUUGGCGAUAUUCACAUUUUUAAUACAUUUCCCUCGUUUAACUUGAUAAUGAAGCUCAUUUCUCCAUUUUUAAAGGCAGAAACUGCUAAAAAGAUGCACCUACACUCAUCAGACGUGGACCUCGAAAAAUUACAUGCGGAGAGCAUCUCAAAAUCAAAUUUACCAUGUGAUAGCGACUACGGUGGUAUUUGUGAUACUGUCGAAAAUUUGCAUAAACAACACAUAAACGAACUGCUGGAAAUGAAAGAGUAUUUUAUGGCUGAAUCAAAGCAACUGUUUGAGUGAACUUUUAAGAAUAAUUUAAAUGAUGUAACUGUUAAUUUUUUGAGCAAAUUUUGAGCACUUGUGGAUGUGAGGCAUUUUAUGAAAUUACACAAUGAUAUGGUAAAAAUUGGUCAAUAAACUUUACAGCACUAAGAUAU